UUUUAAAACCACUGCUUUUUGAAAUACACAAGAGCCUCACAAACUGUAUCUGUCAAGCAUAACGGCAAGCAAAUUCAGCAGAAAAAUGGCGAGCUCGUGUGAGUUGCUUUUCGGCUGUCAAACGAGUGUAAACGUUUUCAUUGUCGUUCCAUAAAAAACGGCGUUUUAUUGCACGUUUAUUACUAAAUAACAUUUUAUUUGAAGUGAAAACUACAUAAAUUAGAGAAAUAUGUCUAUUGGUGUACCAAUAAAAGUUUUACACGAGGCUGAAGGUCACAUUAUCACGUGUGAGACAAUAACCGGCGAAGUAUACCGGGGCAAACUCAUCGAGGCUGAAGACAACAUGAAUUGCCAAAUGACACAAAUCACAGUCACAUAUCGUGAUGGACGAACGGCAAACUUAGAAAAUGUCUACAUACGCGGCUCAAAAAUUCGUUUCCUCAUACUGCCGGACAUGUUGAAGAAUGCACCAAUGUUUAAAAAGCAAACUGGUAAAGGCCUGGGUGGUACGGCCGGUCGAGGGAAAGCGGCGAUAUUACGCGCGCAAGCACGAGGAAGAGGUCGUGGCGGCCCCGGUGGUGGUGGUAGAGGUGGUCCACCUACAGGCGCUCCUGGCGGUGGCCGUGGUGCAUGGCAAGGUGGUCCAACGGGUGGACGAGGUCGUGGUGGUCUUUAAGCAAAUAGUAUUUUAAGUCUCUUAUAAAGUAAGUUGGAUUACAAUGAAGUCAAUGAUAAAACUGAAUAUGUUCGCAUACACGAAUGGAUACAAUAAAACACAUUCAAAGCAGAUGAAA